AUGGUCCAACAAGGACAAAGCAACGGCUUAGACAAAGGUGUGAAUGGCCUGGGGACUGCAGGGCAGCAGUACCUGAGUCAAUGGCAGAAUCCGCAAGGAGGCGUUCCCAGCUUGCUGCACGUUUUGACAAGGACAAUUGGGGUGCCGAUCCCGAACUGGUCUGGAUAG